AUGGACCUCCUUUCAGUCCACAAUCCAGCCAAGCAAUACUGCUUGAGAAAUCCUUACAAAAAUAGGAACCCAAAUGAGAAAGGGUAUCUUCCUUUUCGGUCAGAGGCCUGGACGGCGGGGCGGGAUGUCGAUUCUUGCCGCGGACAAUUGCGAUGGUGCACAGGCUACUUGAACGACUACCUGAAAAACGACCUGACGUGGAAAAAGGGCCAAGAUCCGAGAUUUGCGAACAACUCUUGUGUCUUCAUUGAUUUUGGCGAUCCAGUUGUGCCUAGUCUGGCGCUGGCAGACUGCUCGGAAAAGAAACAGAUCAUCUGCGAGGCGCCAAUGGGAGUGGGCUUCAAAUCGCAGAUGCAUUAUCAACCUUGCAGUAGAAAUUUCAAAGUUAAAGAAGGCAAAGCCGACAUAAUUUGGUACGGUGGUGAUUUGAGCCGCACCGGUUACGCUGCUAAACAAAUGGUUCAAUGCCUAGCAGAGCACAUAGGACUGGUGUACAACUCGACCAAAAUCAAUGGGCGCGAGUACUUGAAAAUGAUGUCCAGGCUGAUUUAUCCCCUGGACUUCUCUACUAUGGGAAAAGAGAUUAAAAAACAACAAGUCAAGUACUCGAAGUCCAAUGAUCUUUACGGAGAGAAGAAGAUCAAAAACUUCUUAUUUAACGUGGCUUAUGACUUGACGAACGAAUAUUACUCGGCCCACUUUGAUCUUGCCGCCGAAAUAAUCAUCAAACUCUACAAUAGCAGAGAAAUGAAAAUUGUAAACGAGGAAACGUAUGCGUUUGACUUCCUAGUGUUUCUCCUUCAGUCUAAGGCGGUGAACCGCUUCUGGAAGUUCUACGAUUUUACCUUGGAAGUAUUUCACAAUCCUUUUUUCUUUCAAAGAAAUCUUUAA